AUGAAAAUCUUAUUAACGAAGGAUUAUGACACCAAAGAAGUAACUAUAACAUGGAGAAAUAAAAAAGAAAAAUCUUAUUUUUUAAAUCACUAUUUUGAUAUUACAAUUACAGAUUAACUCAGAAAAGGAUCUCAUAUUGUUCGAUAAUCACUUCCAAAAUUUUACAUUCCUCUAUCCCUUCAUGAGUAAUUUAUAAAAAUAAGAGAUCUUUUGACAUUUAUUUUAAUGAAAUAAGAUUAUGAGCUAUUCUAAUAUUGA